GAAGCACCUCUUAUUUAUCGGUGUUUGUAUGUCACGGCGCCGAAUAUAAACAAAUUUGGCGCUGUUUUGUCAUCUUGCCGACACCUAGCACUGCCUACCUAUCCAGCCACCGCAUUAAAACAACGUAGUGAUGUCAGAUAGCCGCUCAGAAUCGAAUGACACUUUAGAGGAAUCUACAGCACAUGAACAAAAUGAUGAUUUGGAGCGGGUCGUCUUUCAGUGCAGCCAGUGUAAUUCCAUCGUCGGAGACUCAUCUUCGUGGACAGGCUCUAACGAAAUAUUGCGUACUAUCAGCUUAAAGUAUGUAAGCAAAAAAGUGGAAAUUAAAGACAGACUGAUCACAUCUAAAACAGGCACAGAUUUGGGAAGUACAUACAAUAUGCUGCAGUGUGAGAUAUGUAAGAGUGACCUGGGUCGCAUGUAUAGAACCACGCCCGGAAACCUGGACCACAUGCGGGACGUCUACACGCUGUAUGUGGAAAAAAUCUCCAGUUACACUUUUGGAAGUUGUACCCAAGAAGACGAUGUGAACAUCAAUGACCUUGUCACCCUACCCAGUGUCAAAGAGCUUUUAAAAGAACUCAAAAAGCUCCAGACUGUCAUAGUGAGUUUAGACCACAGAGUUGACUUAUUGGAGUCCAGUACCCAUAUAGCAGAGGUCGAAAAUCGUCCUCCACCAGCCAGCAGGCUAGACGCAGAAAUCGUCAGAGAAAAAAGACAGGAGACAGACAUGAUGAGAGGAAAUCGGAUCGACAAAGAAGCCAAUCGAGGAAAUCGCAUGGACAAAGAAGCUGUGCGAGGAAGCAGGAUUGAAAAAGAAAUCGUCCGAGGCAGUAGAAUGGACACAGAACCAGUGAGAUACGAUAAGGAAGGGAUGGUGCAGGAGUCAUUUCACUCGGAAAGACGAGGUGAAAAGGUGUACAGGAAGAACGGACCACAACCAAGUGGGUUUAGAAAUUCUCACAAGAAUGACGUCAGCCCACCCGCGGCUGGGUCUCCAAGCAUGGGUUCCUACAAAAGGAAACGGAUUGCAUAGAAGUACUGUAUAUAGGUUUUCAUUUUCAACAGUUCCGAUAAUUUUGGCAUUUGACAGCUUGAUUGACUGGAUUAACAUUUCUUCCGAGCUUUGUGAGGGGUUUAUGCCAUUUGUUAUGUGUAAUUAAGAGAUAUUAGAAAAUUUAACCAAAAUUAUUUUUAGAUUUGAUUAUUCACUUGCUUGUUAUAGGGGAUUUUUUUCCAGUUGAGUUGUGAUAAAGUUCACUCUUGGAGUACUUUUUGUUAUGAUUAUUUGAUUUGUUGAAUGAACCAUUUAAAUAAUGUAUUAAUGGCAUAUGCUGUAUUUAUCCUCAAAUAAGCCCCCUCCCCUAGUGUAAAAAUGUAUUACUGCAUUAAUCCUCAAAUAAGCCCCCUCCACUAGUGUAAAAGUUUAGUACCAUGUUUAUCCUCAAAUAAGCCCCCUCCCCUAGUGUAAAAGUUUAUUACUGCAUUUAUCUACAAAUAAGCCCCCUUUCCUAUUGUAAAAGUUUAUUACUGUAAUUAUCCUCAAUUAAGCCCCUCCCCUAGUGUAAAAGUUUAAUUUAGUACUGCAUUUAUCCUCAAAUACGCCCCCUCCCCUAUUGUAAAAGUUUAUUACUGUAAUUAUCCUCAAUUAAGCCCCCUCCCCUAGUGUAAAAGUUUAUUAGUAAAUCAUUACCAUAUUUAUCCUGAAAUAAGCCCAGCC